AACAAUAAAGAUGGAAGAUUGGGUGGAUAAUAGUGAUUAUGAUAACUUGUGCAAUGACAGUGAGGACAGGAAAGAUGUAGUGACUAACUUGCAUCGCCUUGAUGAUACCUGGACAGAUAUUUCCAGGGAAAUGACCAGUAACAGCCAGGACAUUGAUGUGAACAAUGACCCGGGCAGCUUCAUUAGGGUCAAAGAUGAAAAUUUAAAUAAUUUGAUCAUGGCCUCCUUGCAUCCCCAAGAAAUAAGUUCUGUGACUGUAAGUGAACUUCAACAGCUUAAGUUUUCACAGUUGUCUCUCCAGGAGAAAGUUACAGUUAAGAAAAGAGGCCGUUCAACACCUGAUAUUCAAAUAUCUCAGCCAGGAAUAAGCAACAACAAGAAGUACAUUCGUAGCUUUAAUUCUGAAUGGUACCAACGGAAAAGUUGGCUUUGCGGCUGUGAAGUAAAAAAUGCUUUGUUUUGCUUUCCAUGUUUGUUGUUUGGAGGUGAUGUAAUGUGGACAAAAGACGGUUUUGGAAAUAUAAACAAAAUGAAAGAAAAAACUGAAAAACAUGAGAAGUCAAAGAAGCACAUUGAAAAUGUGGUUUCACUGUCACUUUUAGGAAACAUAAAUAUUAAGGAGAAACCUAGUGAGGCAUACAGACUUUCAAUCAAUGAACAUAAUAUAAAGGUUAAAAAGAACCGUGAAAUUUUAUCCAAAAUCAUAGACUGUAUUUUCUUUUGUGGAAACUUUGAAAUUCCUGUACAUGGACAUGAUGAAAAAGAUGAUUCAGAAAAUCCAGGGGUAUUUAGAGGAUUAAUAAAUUUUGCAUCUAAAUUAGAUCCAUAUUUGAAGAAUCACUUAGAAACCAGUACGGUCUUCAAAGGUGUUUCUAAGACUAUUCACAAUGAGAUGCUUGACUGCCUGCUACAAAUAUACCAUGAGGAAAUAAGGACAGAAAUUAGAGAAGCUUCCUUUGUAGCUGUCAUGGCUGAUGACAAAAACAGAUGGUACGUGUUGAAUGGAGAAAUAUUUGAGCGUUUUUGGGGAUUCUUUAUUCCAGAAAAUCAAACUGCAGAUGACAUAUCAAGAUGUAUUCUAGAACAAUUAGACAUAAUCCUUCAAGGAAAUGGACAAAAACUGAUAGCUCAGACAUUUGAUGGUGCAAAUGUCAUGAAAGGAAAAAAAGCAGGAGUUCAUGCAAAAAUAAAAGCAGUUUAUAGUAAUGCUCAUUUCAUUCACUGUUAUGCACAUCAAGUUAAUUUAAUAAUGAGAAAUGCAGCAAGUAUUACACCGAACGCAAGAAUAUUUUUCUCUAACAUUUUGGCUAUUCCAGCAUUCUUCUCAAAAUCACCGCAAUGUGUAUACAUUCUCAAGAAGCAUAUGAACAUCAGCAUUCCACAUCCAUCCUCUACAUGGUGGAAUUUUAACAUAUGGACAAUAAACAGAGUUCAUGAAAAUCUGCAAGUUUUAAAAAGCUGCCUUAUUGAAAUUCAGUCAACAUCAAAUGCAUAUCAAACCAUUGCAGAAGCAACAGGAAUUUUAAAAUACCUGAAUGAUGAUAAUUUCACGUUUUGGUUAGAGCUUUUUCGUCAGAUUAUGCCUCAUGUUGAAGUAAUUUACAACCAAAUGCAAUCUCAAGAAAUUAGUGUGUUUAAAGUCAGUGAAUAUAUAACAAAUUUCAAAACUGCUAUUUUAAAAAUAAGAAACUCAAAGUACUGUGAGAAUCCUUCAAAGACACUCAUGGCAGAAGCUAAGGAAGUGUGUGACUGUAUAUGUGUUGAUAUAAUGGACAGAUAUUCUUCCACUAAACACUUAGUAGCUGCUAAAUUGUUCAACAAGAAAAGCUUCACUAGUUUUAAGAAUGAACUGCCUGCAGAAGAGAUAGUACUGACCACUGAAGCAUAUCCCAUGAUUGACAAAGAAAAGCUUGAAACUGAACUAAAA